CGCAGCUCUGCGUUUUUGCCCUCUGGCUUUGCGUCAGAGUCGGUCCUCCGGCGUCGGGGUCUGUAAGGUCGGGCCCAGAUUUGGCUGGCGGGCGUCCCCGGAUCUCCCGGGAGAAAGUCUGCUGGCAACUUAAUGGGCAUUUCCGUGUAACUUCCUCAGGAAGCGGUCUGCCUUCUUCAGGGCUGCGUUGCCAACUUGCCAAUCUUGCCCCCGACCCUGAGAUUCCGCGGAAGGUUUUCCCCAAGUACUAACCGGGCCCCACCCGGCUUAACCAUCAAGUCCAGCUUAUGUCAAGUGCUCUCAUCCGCUGAUGUGCGCCUCGCUACGCUCUGUUUAAUGGGAUUGCUGUAGGAGCAAGGGAGACCCGGCUAUCCAAAGAAAUUCAUUCACCGGCCCAUCACCUCCUUGUCUGUCCACAGCAUUGAAUGCUCACCUGUUUUGUCCUGGCAACGAUCUUCUGAAUGAGAACUGAGCUGAAGGAAGAGCUAAGGCAGAAAAACUAUGAUAUCAAGUAUGGGAUCACGGCGAAGCUGAAGAAGAAAGCUGAGGAGGAGGAACACCAACUUCUAAUGGCCUGGAAUGAUGCAGAAAACAAGCGUUUACUCGAGCGAAGGAUGGAGCGUCUCCAGAAGGAAGAAUUAAUGGCCAAAGCCCGGCAGCUGCAGUAUGACCAAAGCCAGUCAGCCCUUCAGGAGGAAUUGCUCAAGAAGAAAGAGAAGGAGGUGCUCCAGCUGCAGGAAGAAUCCAAGAAUUUCAUCACCCUGGAAAACUUGGAUCAGCGGAUCGAGGAAUGUUUGAACAAUACGCACAAUUAUAAUUUUGCCAUUGAUAAAGAAGGGAGAAUAGUUAAGAGGACUGCCAUGCCGUAGCCACCUCUCCGUCCAUCUCCCCGGUUUGCUCCGAGGGACCAAGGAAUCGCACGCGCCCCGCCCUCACAGGGUGGCUUUGAAUGGUGGAUAGUUCACGCUUUCCAAGCUGUGCAGCUCUGGUUCGGCAAUUGCUCCAGCUGUUUUGCAGAAAGAAAUGGAUCUUCUUUGGGACCUAGUCCUCAGUUGUUUCUGUGUUUAAGGACUCAAUUCAGCCUUUAAAAAUGUGAUCUCUGUCUCUGUAUGUGUGCGACCUGUUUGUUCCUUCCUUUUUCACACAUUGGUUUCUUUAGAAAUGGGAACGGAGCACUUAACAAAGUCUUUUCUUUAAAAACACUGUAAUUGACCUAUACAACAGGUUCUCUGGAUUGCUCAGAAAUUAAAUACGGUAUUUUAUUUCUGGCU